UAUAAAUGUGAUUCAUCAUUUUCUUUUUUCUGUGGUCUUCUCUUGUCAUGGCUUGGUGGUUACAGUUCUCCAGAACUUGCUUCUUUCCACAGAACCUCCCUUCUUCUGCUAGAGCAGGGAGCAACGUUCAGGCUGCCUUCCACAGCUUUCUCACUGCUGCUGAAGGAACUGAAAGGAGUCACUCAGUUGCUCCAUAGAAAUUGCCAAGGAAGACCACCCCAUUCUGAAGAGAGAUUUUUCCAUUGCAAGUCCACAGGGAUGCGGAGAUGCACCAUGAAUGAAACUGCCAGUGCCUCUAGCUGCACCUCCACUGCAAUGCCCAUGGAAUGCUACAUGGUCCUUGAUGAUCCUGCUCAGAAGACUGUCAUUGCUGUGUUGUGCUGCAUCUUUGGGAGCCUUUGCAUCUUGGAGAACUCCUUGGUGUUAUACCUCAUAUUUUCUUCCCAAAGGAUCCGGAACAAACCUUCCUAUCUCUUCAUCAGUAGCCUGGCUGCGGCAGACACGCUAGCCAGCAUCAUCUUUGUCUCCAGUUUUGUAAAUUUCCAUGUUUUCAAUGGGACUGAUCCCUCCAAGGAAGUCUUCUUGCUGAAGCUUGGAGGGGUCACCACUUCCUUCACAGCUUCCCUGGGGAGUCUGCUGAUGAUGGCAUUUGAUCGGUACAUCUGUAUCCUAAAACCGUCAGAGUACAAGGUCCUCAUAACAAGUAGAAGAGCUCUGACAGCUUUGGUGGUCCUUUGGGUCACCAUCAUGUUCAUCGCCUUCCUGCCCCUUCUGGGAUGGAACUGCUGCACCCUGAACUCUACCUGUUCUGAGUUGUUUCCCUUUGUCGACACCAAGUAUCUCGCAAUCUGGAUUGCUUUAGUAGUGAUCCUUCUGGUAUCUAUUGUGUACGCUUACAUGCACGUCCUUUGGAAGGCCCAUAAGCAUGUGUUGUACAUGAAGAAAUACCAUACCCAAACUGGGCAGCAGAACACAAGGAUGAGAAUGGACAUCACGUUGGCCAAGACCUUAGUGAUUGUCCUGGUGGUUCUUGUCAUGUGCUGGUCACCAGUCUUGGUGCUCAUGACUUACAGCGUGUUUGCCAAACUGGAUGACACCAUCAGGAAGAUAUUUGCCUUCUGCAGCACUCUCUGCCUGGUGAACUCUAUGGUCAACCCUGCUAUCUAUGCCUUACGGAGCAAGGAGUUGUGCUCCUCUUUGAGGAAAGUCUGCUCCUAUUUGGGGAAGACGCCAGGCUUCCCAGAGAGCAGCCCAGAAGCAGAGAGUACUCAGAGGUCCUGCCCAAUAGAAACCACUUAUGAGGAAGUCAUCUGCAACACAGUGGCAGAACCAAUGAAGGACUGAACUCCAACACACACAUACACAGGCAGAAGGGUGGUUUCUUCCUAUCUGAAGAGUUUCUGAAACUUAUUUUCUGUCAGCUCAGCUGUUCCACUGUGAGCCCAGUAGGAUAAUUUCCCAGGUUGUGGCUUAGAAGCUCUCUGGUUGCCAUCAGUGAAUGACAGGAUCAACAUAUCCCAAGCAGUUUCAGUGGGCUCUUCUUCCAGAUGAGAAAAAGCCAUUG